AUGUUAUCGCUGACCACCCAGACUUGGAGUGUGAACUCAUGCAAAACUUGCCAGCCAAUAAAGGGAUUAAUUAAUAGUAGUCAUCAGUUGUUGGAUUUGUUGUAUGAAAUUUCUACUCAAAAUGAAAAUCGAACACCAAAUAAAAACACUUUCAAUCCAACAAUCAAACGAUUUGCCUUGUAUAUUUUUUAUAUUGGCGGAAGACUGUUGUACGAGACUCUGCAAGCAAAUUUAAAAAAUGCAUUGCCCUCAUUUUCAUCCCUUCUUAGGUUUGCCAACCAAGAGAAAAAAUCGUGUGAAGAAGGGGUUUUUGAUUAUGCAGGACUUCAUGAAUUCUUGGUAGCAAGAGGCCAAAAAAAAUCGUGUGGAUUAGUGAAGACACCACGAGAAUUACAGGCAAAAUCGAAUACGCAAAAUGCCGUUGGAAAAUGGAAUUCCCGUAACAGACACAUUUAUAGCAACUUCGGCGAAUGCAAUUCAAGAAUAUUUUCGCAUAGGAACAAAAGCGCAUUAUGUAUAUACUGUGAUGGCUCAGCCGCUUUCCGAAAAUGCAUCUUCUUACUGCAUGACGAUAUUUGGGACCGACAAUUCACUUUUCAAGAUGUACAGUAUAGAUGGAAAUCGAUGAGGCAGGGUCUGCAAAGGUUUGGAAUAAAGGUGGCGGGAUUUUCAUCAGAUGGAGAUACCAGACUGCUGAAAGCAAUGCGCCUAAAUUCGGUCUUGUCUAUUUCGAAUGGAUAUGAAACCCCGAAAACGACUAAAAGUGCUUCUGAAUCAGAACCGAGAUCAAAACGAAUGGAUAAGUCCCCUGAAAUAAGGCAGCUGAAUGAGUGGAAAUGGUAUCAAAUACAUAUUUUGACAAAACUAAGAGUUAGACUUCUAAAUUCAGCUGUAACUUUACCUAUGGGAAACUACAUCGCUGAGCUAAAUGGCCACAGUCUUUUCAGGCUCAUUGUAAAAGCCAGACAAAAUGAGGAUAUCACGAAUGACAUGUUUUUACCUUGGCUCUUCUCCAGCCAGUCGUAUGAAAAGCUCUUUAGAACAACCCGAUCUCUUACGUCCACUUUUUCGACAGUAGUUAACUCCAGUGUUAAAGACAUUUUGCAUUGUAUUGACAGAAUACAAUCUGUCAAUAAUAUUCUGAAAGAUUGCACUGGAACGCUUCCCAGAGAAGAUAAGAAAAUGGACUCGAACAAGUUGGACUUUAAUCUUCCAGAUUAUGAUUUCCGCCUAUCUGACCAAGAUAAACUCCGCGUUGUUGAAGACGCUUUACAAAAUUCCAUAGAAGAUGCUAAGGCGCUUGGCAUCACAGUAUCUGAGAACUGUUGGAAUUUUGUAACUGUUCCAGUGUCACGUGGGAAGACCUUUAAGAGAACAGACGCAGAGUCGGUUUUGGAACCUAUAGAAAAUUUCCAAGAGGCUCAGCUUGAAGAACUCUAUGAAGAGUCUGAGGAAGAGGGAAGACUCGACGAGUGUAAUUCUCAUGGUGUAAAUCUGAACGAUACUAAUGUUAUCUCGGAUGUUAUUAACAAAGUAAACGAUAGUAUAGAGCUGCCUGAAGAGUCGGAUGAGCUCCGACUGGACCUUUGUAAUGUCAGGCUUGACCAACUUGGACCAGAUUUGCAGUUGAAAGACUAUUCUGAUAAAAAAUGA